UCAAAUUUUAAAACGCACAGCAUCCAGUACGAGUACUCUUACAUUUUUGUUUGUUCCCAGUGUUUUGUUAUGUUCUACUCUAGAUUUGUUGCAGUGAUGUUUGUUUUACUUUUUUUACUAAUUAAUCUGAUUUGCUACGUGUACUGAAUACAACUGUGCACAAAUAUCAGCUAUGGAUCUAGUCGCCAGAGCUUGUCAUAAUGAUGCUAUGGACGCAGCAGUCAAGUCAUGUCGGGAGGGGAUUUUAUCGCAGGCUUCCGCCGCAAAGGUCUACAGAGUUAAUCGCACGACACUAGGAAGACGACUGAAGGGAAUUGUGCCUCAACAGAAUGGGCAAUGGCAGCGGAUAUUUACUGAUCUUGAGGAGAACUUCAUUGCAGACACCAUGCUGCGCUGCGCAAGACUUGGAGUGCCUUUAAAUAAACCGAUGUUGAAACGAAUUAUUCCUCCACUGUUGAAAGAAAAAGGUUUUGCCGUCGAGAAACAACGUUUUACGGAGGACUGGCACUAUGGCUUUUUAAAGCGUCACCAAGACAUUAAAAAGCGCAUUUCUCACAGUGCCAACCGGAAGAAAUCUCGGGAAUGGACCGUAAAAAACCGCCAGGGAUGGCUCAAGAAGCUAAGCGAGCUGCACAUGAGCGGAUACCUGGAAGACCCUCGUGGUGUCUGGAACUUUGAUGAGUCUGCCUUUCAAGUGGCAGAGCGAGUUACUUCGGUUUAUGCACAAAAAGGAACAAAGGAUGUACUCUCUUAUUUCGAUGGUAACGACAGAGAGCUGGUUACUGUUUUGGCUGGCGGAAACGCUGCGGGAGAGAUUAUGAGACCGUUAAUCCUGUUCGAUGGCAAAGUGAUGAUGGCUUCUCGACUGGACGGAACUGAUGAUCGG